AGAAAACGAUGCAGAAAACAGCACAAGCGUGGUUUUCAGGGGGACCAAGCAGCGAUCUCCAGAAAGCGCCUUCAUCUCUGUUAGCGGAUUGGAACGCUUAUGCGGCUUCAAGAGAAUCCGAGGACGCGGAGUCUUCUUCCGGGUUAGGGUUUGAUCUCGAAGCUGCUGUCAGAACGGCCAAUGAUAAAGUUUCCGGCACUUUUAAUGUCGUAUCGAAGGGAGUGAGGGAUCUGCCAGGGAAUUUCCAAUCUGCCACAAGUAGUGUCCCUUCUGGAAAAUCUCUCUUGUACUUCGGCAUCUUGCUUGCUUCUGGUGUGUUCUUCAUUAUAAUAGCAUUCUCCAUUUUCCUUCCUGUUAUGGUGAUAGCACCCCAAAAGUUUGCUCUAUGCUUCACAAUUGGCUGUGCCUUUAUCAUUGGCUCGUUCUUUGCCCUUAAAGGCCCAAAAGAUCAGCUUGGACACAUGUCAUCAAAAGAGAGACUACCUUUUACCUUGGGAUUUAUAGGCAGCACCGUGGGAACAAUAUAUGUUUCUAUGGUGCUUCACAGCUAUAUUCUCUCUGUUUUCUUCUCUUUGUUACAGGUGAUUGGACUAAAGUUUCUUUUCUCAACGCUUACCUCUUCUCUGCUAAGAUGUUUUGGAAGGUGAUAUCAGGUUCUUGUUUAUCCGUACAUCUACAUCAUCAUUUGCAGAAGUGUAGCUAGUCUGAUGACGAAUCUGACAUCUUUAAAUUCAAGGAUGCUGCCAUUGCGUGUGUUGUAUUGUUCAUCACAAAGUUUUUAUUGUGCCCUUUAAAUUCUUAAUUUUAUGUGUAUAUUUUUUAAUCC